CGGCGGUUUAUGUGGAAAUUACCCUUCUGGUUCCCCUCAUUGCAACCCACUCUCUUCAUUUCAAAGAUUUUGCAGCAGACUUAUCUUAUGUAAAUGGCUCAAAUGCUGAAUGGCAUUAUGGCCCAUCAACUCAGCUACCUCUCCAUUCGUUAGGUUAUCUUAGCCAAUCAAGGUCAUUAUAUGAAACAUUACUACACAAACCGUUACCAUUUAUGUAGAUUGAUUAAUUCUUGAUAUGGAGAGCGACCCAGGUGUAAAUCACAAAUCUUUAAAGUCAUAUAUUGUAAAAUUAUGGCUGAAUCUACGUACAAGGCACAGCUGAAUGCAAAACUAAUCGUGUAUGAUCACAUCGUAUUUGAUUUCUCCCUCGAAGAUGGCGCAGAUAUCAUCAUCGUCCCUACUUGCUGGAUGCUAGACGAAUCUCACGCCUAUGGCCUAAAACUAAACCUUAACUAUGAAAGUCUAGUUUUAAACACAAUUAUAACAUGGCGUUGCUUUGAAAAUGCGUGUGCCGUUGUGUUUGCACAUGAUGGGGGACCAUCAGGCACGUUUGUUGGACUCUUUGACAUUUUUGAGCCCUGUCAAUGGGAUUUGGAACAGUUCGAGAGUUACUUCAUUGUUGAGAUCGAUGUGGAAAAUUGGAAGCGAGCGGGGCUUAACAAGGUGCGAGAGGAUCUGGCGGAAAAGGAUUGGCAGUAUUGA